AUGGACGAGGUGGAGCUGCAGCUGAGCAAGGAGCAGAUCGACGAGUUCCGGGAGGCCUUCAGCCUCUUCGACAAAGAUGGCGACGGGACGAUCACGACCAAGGAGCUCGGGACGGUGAUGCGUUCGCUGGGGCAGAGCCCCACGGAGGCGGAGCUGCAGGACAUGGUCGACGAGGUGGACGCCGACGGCAGCGGCGCCAUCGACUUCCACGAGUUCCUCACCCUCCUGGCCCGCAAGAUGCGCGACGCCGGCGCCGACGACGAGCUCCGCGAGGCCUUCCGCGUCUUCGACCAGGACCAGAACGGCUUCAUCUCCCGCGACGAGCUGCGCCACGUCCUGGAGAACCUCGGCGAGCGCCUCUCCGACGAGGAGCUCGCCGAGAUGCUGCGCGAGGCCGACGUCGACGGCGACGGGCAGAUCAACUACACCGAGUUCGCCAAGGUCAUGAUGGCCAAGUGA